UGACGUCAUGGCGCGCGGAUGAAAACAGUCGCAUGAUACUGUUUAUUUCAAAGACAGACAGCGUUUACAAGAUUGAUAGAUAUAUUCGUCGUUUCUGUGCGUUGCCAAAGACAGCGCCUCAUCUCUAGUCCGUGGAGCUCAAUGGCGCUGUCACAGUGGCGUCUGUCUCUCAAGCUGCUGGACCAGCCUUCUCUUCCCAAGUCAGUGCUGCGGCUCCCAGAGACCGAGCCUGGAGAUGCUCCUCCCGGAGAGUAUCGGGUCUCCGCUCUCAAGCAGCUGCUGUCGGCUCACAUCCCACAUGCCAUACCAGACCCUGAGCUCAUAGAAUUGGUGUACUGUGGCAGAAAGUUAAAGGAUGACUUGACUCUGGAGUCCUAUGGGAUUCAGUCGGGAUCCACAGUGCACAUCCUGAGAAAGUGUUGGCCUGAGCCUGAGAUCCAUCCUGAGCCAGUGGACAAGGUUGCGGCUGCGAGGGAGUUCCGUGUCUUGCAGGCCGCUCUUCACACCAGCACUGCAUACAGAGACUCGGUGUUCAAGAUGCUGAACAACAAGGAAUCCCUCGACCAGAUCAUCGUGGCGACACCUGGGCUGAGCAGCGAUCCUGUGGCUCUGGGGGUUCUUCAAGACAAAGACCUCUUCAUACAAUUCACUGACCCAAACAUGCUUGACACAUUGGCCAGUUCCCACCCGGCACUGGUAAAUGCCAUCAUCCUGGUGCUGCACUCGGUGGCUGGCAGCGUGCCGCCCCAACAGAGCGCCAGCUCCUCCAGAAACGUGUCUUCUAGCUCUUACAGCGACAUGCCAGGAGGUUUCCUCUUUGAAGGCAUGUCUGAUGACGAGGAGGACUUCCAGUCGGGGAAUCGCGGUGGGCUGUCCACUCUUGCUAGUGGUUUGGCCGGCAUGAGGCCAGCUUCGCUCGGUUAUAACGGCGCCGUGGGCCCCAGACCCAUCACUCAAAGUGAGCUGGCCACCGCUCUGGCCCUCGCCAGCACCCCUGAGAGCAGCGCUGUUACACCAACUACAGGAAACCAGGGUCCGUCUUCAGGAGUGUCCCCAAUCCCUGCAGGCACUCCUAUAACCAACAACCUGUUUAACCAGGCACUGCAGCAGGCCCUGCAGGUGUCCAGCAUGUCCAGCUUACAUAAUCAGUGGCAGUCGCAGCUCCAGCAGCUGCGGGACAUGGGCAUCCGUAAUGAGGAGCUCAUCCUGAGAGCCCUGCAGGCCACCGGCGGAGACAUCCAAGCGGCCCUGGAGCUCAUAUUCGCCGGAGGCGCACCAUGAAUCAUUUUCUGAAGUAAAACGUUGCUAUGAUGUUACAACGAAGGCAGAUUUACCACUAUAUAUUCAAUAUUUUAACUGCCUAGUUGAAAGUGUGGUUUACUUUUAACUUAUGUUUGUCUUUUAUUUUUAGACAUGUACAUUGAAUGCGGUGCUAUCAGCUGUUUGAAGAGUAGGCCUAGUUUAGGGCACACGUUACAAUAUAUCACUUCUGCUGUGUUAAUAAAAUGUGUUCAGUCCCAUAAAUAUUGAUAGCUAAAAGCUAAAGUUUGAUGUUCAGACAAUCAUUGUUUUGGGUUUUUUUUGUCAUUAAUUAAAAUCU